CUAAUUUUAAAUGUUGUUAAUGAUUAAAAAUGAAAUGCAUUUAAGAUCGCCGACCUAGCUAAACUAGGUAUAACUAUUAUUUGUCUUAGCUAAUCAAUGGGUUGGUAAUUAAUGACUGUCGUCGAUGAAAUUAUUGAAACCUAUACCACAAAACCUCCUUGCAGAAACAUAAGAAAAGUUUGACAUCUAGAAGCAGAAGUAAAUGUGACAACGUCAACGGCAAAUUCUAAAAAAGGCACCCUUGGGCGACACACACACCUACAAACAGAAAAUAACUAAAUAAUGUUGUAAUACAUUAGAUACACCCUGACCGUGCCAAACAGUGCACGCGUUGGGUAAAACCUUGAAAUUUAACAAAUGACAAUGGCGUCAGAACUAGCAAAAGACUUCACUGAACCGGUGAUAAGCCCUCAAUACAGCCCGAUCAUGUUCGGAGACACUGGCGUGAACCCCUCUCACACCCCCUCCACCGAGACCUUCACUACGAGGUCCAGGUCCAGGUCUGGGUCCGCGUCCAGAGAAUCCGCUUUAAGUGGAAUACAGCAGCAACAACAACCUAAGCAAGAGGACCCUGUCUCCGACUCCUCAUACACUCUGGCGAGUGACGGGAGCCAGUACAGCAACGAUGUCGACCUUUGGAUCAGGGGUAACAACACGGAGAGCACUGGGAUACAGGGUAGCAGGGUGGUGGUAGUACAGCGCUCCACGCUGGCGCCGUCGUCGUCGAUGGACAACGGCAUGAUGUACCUGAUGGCGGUGCUGCUGCCGCUGUUCAGCGUCAACAACUGCGUGCAGUGGAGGUGCACGCCUAGCACAAUGAUAGGCGCAGCGGAGCUGAUCCUGCACCACCUGACCCGGUUCUGCGGGCAGGCGCGCGCGCACAUCCGACGCCUCGCGCAGGACCAGAUCGCACGCGACCUCUUCGCCACUGCCAUGGAUAUCGUCCUCGUGGUCUAUGCCAUCGGAUUCCUCGUCCUCUCCUUAUAUCAAGCCUCUAUCAUUGGUUGAAUUCGAACCUGUAGUACUACGAGUAUUGAAACAGUGAAGUCAAUAGGUGCAAUGUGUUAUAUAAUUAUGGUCUCAUUUUAUUAUAGUUUAUUAACUUUGGGUGCA